AUGAGAACAACAUCCUUUAUCCUACUCCUGGUUGUGGCACUUGSAACCAUAUUCAAUAUAGACUGUGCCUCAGAGGAGUACCAGGUUAAUUGUACUCCUUAUAGAAACCUACCACCAGAAGAACUAAGAUUUUGUCCUCUAGUCUAUGAACCAAUUUGUGGAUCUGAUGGCAAAACCUAUUCCAAUGAAUGUAUCUUUUGUUUUAAAGUUAAGGAAACUGAUGAAUUACUUAAAUUUAUACAUUUUGGAAAAUGUUGA